AUGGUUGUGAAGAAAGAGCCGGAAGAGAGGGUAGUACCGGUCCACGUCAAGCCAACCCUUUCAAGGCCUGGGUUUGGCCAUCCGGAAUUUCCGGUCAGCGCCCCUCAAUUUGAUCCUAAACAGUAUACCAGAGAGCAGCUCCUGCAGCCGAUUAAGACGGCCGAAGAGAAAUGGCGUCUUAUCCCUGCCUUUCUGCAGUUGCGAGGGAUUGCGCGACAACACAUUGAGUCUUUCAAUUAUCUCAUCAACACUGAAAUUCGCAACAUAGUCCGGGCAAAUGAGAAGAUCGUUUCGGAAGUUGACCCGAGGUGGUACCUCAAAUACGAUGCAGUGCGAGUGGGUAAGCCAUGCCAAACUGAUGAUAUGAUACGCACAGAUAUUACUCCCCACGAAUGCCGUUUGCGCGAUACCACAUACUCUGCCCCGAUCACUGUUGACAUCAAGCACACUAGAGGUGAUGAUAUUGUUCUGUCCAGAAACCUCGUCAUUGGGAAGAUUCCGAUCAUGCUUCGUUCGGGAAACUGCAUCCUUUCGAACAAAUCGGACAAAGAGUUGGCUGAUGUAGGGGAGUGCCCUUUAGAUCCUGGGGGGUAUUUCGUUGUGCGCGGGACGGAGAAAGUUAUUCUCAUUCAAGAGCAGCUAUCAAAGAAUCGAAUCAUCAUCGAGAACGAUCAAAGAGGAAUUACUGCGAACGUACAGUCCUCGACGCACGAGAGGAAGUCACGCACAACUCUUAUUGUCAAACACGGCAAGAUCUAUUUGCACCACAAUACCCUUGAAGCGGAUGUGAAUAUUGCCAUUGUGUUGCGGGCGAUGGGUGUUGAAACUGACCAAGAAAUCGUGCAACUAAUUGGAACAGACCCGCGAUAUGUCGAUGGAAUGGCUCCAACAUUGCAUGAAUGCGCACAGGAAGGUAUCAAUACGUCUACACAAGCGUUGCUUUUCAUCGGGAAGAAAGCGAAGACGUUCCGAGGACCGGCCUUCGGGGGUAGACCUGGACCGAGGCCUUCUGCAGGAGUUAUUCUAGCCCACGUUCCUGUUAAGCACUUUGAUUUUUGGGAUAAGUGCGUAUUCGUUGCUCAAAUGCUCCGACGAAUUCUGAUUGCCAUGGACGACCCGUCAACAGUAGAUGAUAAAGAUUACUACGGAAAUAAGAGGCUCGAACUUGCAGGGCAACUCUUGGCUUUGCUCUUUGAGGAUCUUUUCAAGAAAUUCAACACAGACCUGAAGCGCACGAUAGAUACUCAUAUUACGAAAUCUCAAAACAAGGCCGCAAGGGAUAGAAGCAGGAAGAGACUUGAUUUCAGGACAGAUACAAUCACCCAAGGCUUGGAAUUUGCGAUUUCCACGGGGAAUUGGCAUGUGAAGCGUUUCAAAAUGGAGCGUUCUGGCGUGACGGAAGUCUUAUCGAGGCUCAGUUUCAUUUCUGCACUGGGAAUGAUGACAAGAAUUACAUCGCAGUUCGAGAAAACCAGAAAAGUGUCGGGUCCCCGUGCAUUGCAGCCGUCGCAGUGGGGUAUGCUGUGUCCAGCAGAUACACCUGAGGGAGAAGCUUGUGGGCUUGUGAAGAACUUGGCGCUGAUGACUCAUGUAACAACAGACGACGAUCCUGCCCCGUUAGAGCGACUCUUGUAUGAUCUUGGCGUCCAACCCACAUCUAUUUUGAGCGGCGAGGAAGUCAACGAGAACGACGUGGUUUUCCUGAACGGUUUGAUCUUGGGAGUGCACUCACAACCACGCAAGCUUACAUAUCGUUUGCGAGAAAUGAGACGAAAGGGAUUUAUUGGAGAGUAUGUCAGUGUGUUUGAACAACCAGAGCACAAGUGGGUGCACAUUGCAUGUGACGGAGGUCGCGUCACGCGCCCUCUAAUUAUUGUGGACAGUGUUACAGGACAACCCAGGAUUUUCGAUGAGCAUGUCAGCAGACUUAGGAAGGGACUUAUGGUAUGGCGGGACCUUCUUGAGGAAGGUCUUAUUGAGUAUUUGGAUGUCAGUGAAGAAAACAACACACUCAUUGCCACAUAUGAAUCCGAUAUUCUCCCUGGAAAGACAACCCAUAUUGAGAUUGCUCCAUGGACCAUCUUGGGGGUCUGCGCAGGUCUCAUACCCUACCCCCAUCACAAUCAAUCCCCAAGAAAUACUUACCAAUGUGCUAUGGGCAAGCAAGCGAUCGGAGCGAUUGCUUACAACCAGCAUAUCCGGACAGAUACGCUACUGUAUUUGUUGAGUUACCCGCAACGGCCUCUGGUUCAAACGAAGACUCUAGAACUGGUUGGUUUUGAACGACUGCCAGGCGGACAAAAUGCGUCUCUAAUGGUAAUGUCCUACAGCGGAUAUGAUAUUGAGGAUGCUAUAGUGCUGAACAAGGCAUCUCUGGACAGAGGAUUUGGCAGAUGCAUUGUGAUACGGAAGCACUCUUCGGGAUGUAGACGGUAUUCAAACGGUAGCUGUGAUCGGAUAAUGCCGCGAAUGGAUGAGGUCGGAUCAAAAGACAAUCCAGGAGCAGUUCGUCGAAACGAGAGGCUAUCGGCCCUAGAUAAAGAUGGAAUAAUUGCCCCUGGAGAAAAGCUGGAGAAAGGAAUGAUUUUUGUGAACAAGGAAGUUCCUCAGGACACUACUCUCACUGGGGCUGCGGCAGCUGCUGCAAUUAUCAUUGGGGGGCCACAGGAAUAUCGUCCCCAACCCUUGAGUUUCAAGGGGCCGAGCACGGUUGCUGCUGAUAAAGUGCUACUAACCUCCAAUGACCUCGACCACGUGCUUGUAAAAGUAAUGCUCCGAGAAACGAGGCGACCGGAGCUGGGGGACAAAUUCUCGUCGCGGCAUGGUCAAAAAGGAGUCUGCGGAUUAAUUGUGACUCAGGAAGAUAUGCCCUUCUCUGACAAGGGCAUCGUGCCAGACUUGAUCAUGAAUCCACAUGGUUUUCCAAGUCGAAUGACGGUGGGCAAGAUGAUUGAAUUCAUAGCCGGAAAAGCAGGGGUCUUCGAAGGUAAAUGUAGGUACGGAACAGCGUUCGAUGGGGACCGCCUGGAUGAGUGCGCGGAGAGCCUUGUUUCCGCCGGGUACAACUACAACGGCAAGGACUUUGUGUAUAGUGGAAUGAGUGGUGAGCCGCUGCGCGGAUACGUGUUUUCGGGGCCAAUAUUCUACCAAAAACUUAAGCAUAUGGUGAAGGACAAAAUGCACGCUCGGGCGCGAGGUCCGCGAGCGUUGCUGACUCGGCAACCGACAGAAGGUCGCAGCCGAGACGGCGGUUUAAGGCUUGGUGAAAUGGAGCGGGACUGCCUCAUCGGGUAUGGGGCGUCGAUGCUGUUGAUGGAGCGGCUCAUGGUUUCCUCAGACGAGUUCACAGUGCAUGCUUGCAAGGAGUGUGGCUUAAUCGGAUACAAAGACUGGUGUCAAAUGUGCGAGUCGGGUGAAAAUGUGGCUACUUUGAAAAUUCCGUAUGCAUGUAAGCUGCUCUUCCAAGAAUUGCAGGCGAUGAAUGUAGUACCGAAGUUAAAACUCGGGCCUAUGU